GGAGUCUUUGUGGCCGAAGCGGAUGAUUUUGGACUCGAGGGAGGGGCAGUACCGCGGCCCUUUGACCGUCUCGCGGAUGUGGAUGGUUCUGUCGAGGUUGGCGCGAACGAUGUCGUGGGUGGAGUGGUUGGUGUAGGUGGCGUGGCAUUUGAGCUGGUGGCCGUCGACGUCGACCUUGUCGUUGAGGUAGCUGAAGGGCAUGGGGGGGUCAUCGCCGAGCUGUUCUUCGAGAAUGUCCCAGUUGAUGCUGCCCUUGGCUAGGCGUGGUGGCGUGCCUGUUUUGAGACGGCCGAGCUUGAAGCCUGCUUCGCGCAGGGAUUUGCUAAGGCCAAAGGUGGCUUCCUCGCCCAUUCUACCUGACGGGUAGGCUUCGAGGCCGAUGUGGAUUUCGCCUCCUAGGAAUGUUCCUGUUGUAAUAACCACCGACCUUGCCGGUAAUACCUCCCCUGACUCUAGCCUCACACCAGUAAUCUUGCUCCUUGCGCCCUCUGCCCUCUCUUCUUCGGUCAGACCAGCGUCGGAGACAAUGAUAUCCUCCACCUUUCCGGUGACCACCUCCAGGUCCUUGUAGUUUGUCAACUCCUCCCUCAUAUGUUUCUUGUACAACGCCCGGUCGAUCUGCGCUCGCGGUCCCCACACUGCCGGUCCUUUCCUCCUGUUCAGCACCCGAAACUGCAAGCCAGCCUUGUCGAUUAUCCUCCCAGCCAACCCGUCAAGCGCGUCGAUCUCUCGGAGAAUUGUCCCCUUUCCGAUCCCGCCGAAACUCGGGUUACAGGAGCAUACUCCCAGGUUCUCGAGGCUGGGUGUGACGAGGGCGGUGCGGGCUCCUGCUCGGGCUGCGGCCGCGCUGGCCUCGGCGCCUGCGUGGCCGCCACCAACGACGAUGACAUCGAAUGGUCUGUUGGUGUAUUUAUGUUAGCAUUCGUCUAGACACACAGGCGCGCGCGCAAACUGACCUGGCGGCAACAUCCCCCACUGUCGCAAAGGCCCUCCUUAGCUGCACCGAGCGGCCAACUGGUGUUCGGCCGAGGCCCUGUGGAAGCCAGAGCUUCGUCAUCAUCUUGAAGGGUGCGCCCAGCCUUGGCGAUUAGCUACCGUAGAGAACAAAAGAAUGGAAGACGGGGGGGCGGCGUCACGAUAUUCGGCGCAAAGGUGGGCGGUUGGGAAUUGAAUCUCUGGAAAAAUAACUGAUAAGGAGUGCCGGGAUGCGAUAAGCGCUCGGGCCACCUCGCUGUUUGCGCCCAAUGAUUUUCACCUCGACAGUGACAACGUCUCUGCUUUGCUCGGGAAUAAAAAUCACUGUUGCAAGUGAGCCUAUUAUACGUGCAGGUCGAAUGCGUGUUCAUCGUAGUUUCAAUUGAAUCUGACAAAAAGAAAAAAAAAAAACGGUAUCACAAUUGGUUGGUAGUUAUACAAGGCCGCCUCCAGCCCACCUGCCUGUCUCUGACAGGCAUGGCUUUUCAACCAGCCAGAAUGUACACACAGCGGAGAAAUAUUUGAGCCCCCAGUCUACCUUGCGCAGAUCGCAUCCAUCCAUUCCAGAACACAUCAUAUCAUCACAUAGAGCCCGCUCAUCCAUAUCAUAGCUUUCUAGACUGUGCCUUACUGCGCCUACUCCUCAGCCGGAGCAUCGCGGUUGGCGGGGCGGCGAAGAACCUCAAGGGCGCCUAUGUUUGACAAACCGGCAUUAGUUUUUGCAGAAGAGGCGAGAAAAGAAAGAUAGACGUACGCUGCACAACACCCAAAGUUCUGACGGGCUUGCCCUCGGCAUCCUCGUACGUGUCGAUAGACGCCUGGCCCUCGACCAAGACCAUGGUCCCCUUCUCGAGAGACAGGUAGAAAUCACGGGCGUUGGUGCUGGUGGGGAAGACGGUGAUGUUGAACCAGCUGGUCUUCUUGUUCUCGCCAGACCCGCUGUUGGAGGCUACGGCGUAGCGGAGGUACUCUUUGCCGUUGUUGCUGGCGCGGAGGUCGGGGGUGUCGGCGAGGUUGCCGACGAUGGUGAUUUUGGCAUAGGGGCGCUGGGGGGUGGAGGAGAAGGCACGGGCAGCAGCCACCUGGGGGCGGGCGGCGGCGCGGGAGACGGAGCGGAGGAAGGCAGACAUGUUGGGCUGUGGCUGGUGACUGGUUUGAUAUGAAGAUGGCGGGGAUGAUCUGGAUGGAAUGCAGUUUUUGGUUUCAGAGUGAUAUCAGCGCUAUCGAUAUCGUGUUGUGGGUUCUUCACUCAAACCCCUGUUCAGGUCCACGGUCGCGUCAAAACGGCGCGCGUGGGGGACCGUGCGUCGAAGCUGUGGAGCUGAGCUGCCGAACUCCCAGGUGCUCCGUGGGUUCCAGGGUUAGCCCGAGCGGUGUCAUACCCCUGACUCCUUCCCUUUUGGGAUUCAUCUUCCUCCUCUGCUCACUCUUACUACCUCUCUCACUCUUCUCUCACUUGCGGAGCAUCAUGCGACCGACUUGCUCUGCUGAGUAGAAAGUCUUCUUAUUCAGUCGAGUCUCAAUAAAACCCACACCUGAUCUUUCACACAAUAAGCAAAAACGGGGCUGACCAAUUCAUAGGCACCACCACCUCGGCGAUACUCCGUGCUGGAGAGACAUCAUCAGCAAACAACAUCAUGGCCAAUUGAUGAUUCUCGAUGAUGAGUCGCAUGUUCCCUGCCAAUUGAUCAGAAGUAAAUUUAGAUGCCGGGAACCACAGCUUCAUGUCAUGGAUCUAGGUCCAGGAGCUGGCCCACCGGUCUUUGUUGAUGCCAGGCCGAGACCCCUUUUCAGCUCCUGAAAGCUGCCCACUUUUGGGUCUGAAUAGACUCUGAAUAGAUCAAUAGACACAACAUGGCGGUCUCAAACUCCCACUUUGCAACUUCACCACCACUUUUAUCACAAUAAGGAGCUCAGUUCGCGAAUAAGUCAAUAAGAUGGCCAACACACCGAAUAACUGAAUAGCCCAUGGCACGCACAUAACCGUCCUGCCGGUUGCACCACAUGGCAGCCGAUCUUGUUCCUUUACUCUUUUCUUUAUCCAGAUCUACUACUUUCACAGCUUGAUUGAGAUCUUGACCUCUACUCUUACCUCUUCGUCAUCAUCGCCAAGAUCGCUUUGCGGAAUACCAUCACUCUCAGCCUUGACCGUCAAGAACAUCACUCAACAACCUCACCAGACCAGGAACCUCCCUCGCGAACACCGGCAGCACAAGUUGGAACAUGGCACCCCCAACACCAGAGGAACUCGCCACGCCAGGCUUCAACAAAUGGUCUCUCUAUGGCUUCACAACAACCCCGGAAGAGAGGAUCGGCCCCGACGAGCCCUACACCUACCCAUCCCUCCAAGUGAACCUCUUCUUCCGCGUCUUCCUCGGCCUCGUCUCCCUCUUCAUCACCUGGGUCCCAGCCCGUCUCCUCUUCCGCAGCGGCGAGUUCGCCGGCACCGUCCUCUGCGUCAUCACCAUGAUCCUCAACUUCUUCGCCGUCGUCAAUGCCCUCAUCUGGCGAGACGACAACGUAGAGGAGUGGUUUGCUGGCUACGGGUGGUGUGACAUUCAGACAUACCUCAAGUUUGCUCUCGACACGGCCUUCAACAUCUGUCUCUUUGAGAUCAUGCGGGGAUUGGCGAGCAAGGUGGCUAUGAACAGAGCUACUGCCUUGACGUCCAAGGAGAGGAGACGCAACAGGAUUAUUUCGGCGGCGGUCAUCUUUACGGCGCCGGCGGUGCAGAUGAUUCUCACCUACUUCGUCGCGGUGGGCCGGUAUAAUGUAUCGACACUGGUCGGGUGUGGGGUUUACUACUUUCCGAACUGGGUCUUCUUGGUGUUUUUCAUUUUGCCUACGCCGAUAUUCUCUAUUGGGGCGGCUAUCAUGGCUUGCCUCACCUUUUACCGCUACCGCCUCAUCAUGCGCGCGUCCAAUAAAGUGAUGCAAUCCCGCGACAGCGUCGCCGCCGCGCGCCAAUCCCGCGUCCGCAAGAAGCUUUACUUUCUGACCCUCACCGUCAUCGUCGUCGUCCUCCCGCUCAUUCUCAUCUUUUUCGUUAGAAACCUAAAGGUGGGGAGCCCAUGGGACUUGUCUUAUGACUUUGCCUCCUUCCACUAUGGUCCCGACCCCUUCAACCAGUGGUUUGUCUCGUUCACCACAUCAGAGUACAUGAACUUUCAACAGCUGAGCAUCAGCUUCAUCCCCGAAGUCACCGGCAUCCUGUUAUUCAUCCCCUUUGGCACCACCCCCGAGGCCCUCAACUCUUACCGCCGGGGCCUUCUCUUCCUUGGGUUGGGGUACAUCUUCCCUAAGCUACGAGAAGAGAUCCCGUUGUACCCCAGCCCCUCCUCUUCAAGGGGCAAUUCGACCAGCAACUCAAGAGCAUCGUGGUGGUCCUCCUUCCUCCGCCCCAUCCGCGAAAACGCAUCCUCUUUCAUCGCGUCCCGCCGCCGGUCGACGACCACGACGGGUAUGUCCAACAACAGUUCAAGAAAGGGGUCUAUCCUCCCCACCGCGGAGCACCAUAGCAAUUCCACCUCUUCCCGGUCAACCUCUUUGCUCGUCAAGGAAAAAAGCACCAGCAACAACAACCCCUGGCCAGAUCUAACAGCAGAGGAAAUCGAUCAUUACAACAACCCGCACUCUCCUUCUUCUUCUUCCACUUCUACCUGCCCCCCAACGGGACGGAAUCCUUUUCUGAUGGCAACCGCCAUACCACUCAACGCCACGCCCCUCCCAUCUCGACUUUCUACCGUCCUCCCAAAGAAAAAGACCACUACUAGUCCCAUUGAAGAGAAAAAAGUGGUUGACGUUGGGAGCGAGGAUGUAGCGGAGCCCUGGGACGUGGGGCAUCAGGCUUCCAAUGUUGAGUUUGAUACGCAGGUCUGGGUUGGGAAUCCUAGGUCGGGGAGUCAAUUGCCUUUGCCGAGUCCGGCGAGGUUUCAGCCUGUUGUGACGACGAUUACUGCUGGUAGUGGGGAUGGGGAUCUUGAGGCUGGGGAGCAUCAGCAGCAGAGGAGGGGGGUGGUCAGGGUUGAGACGAGGAUUGCGCAUACCCUGGAGCCGAGAGAGGAGGGAGAAGAACAGGUCGUGACGGUUACGACGCCGACACAUGCGAGUUAGGUGC